CAUCGGAUGACGUCAUAAUUCCUCUUCACCCCGUUUUAUGAGUCGCUCCUCCGUCUGGAUCCUCUAAAAAUACCCGGAGGUGUCACCGGGGCCCCUGUGGUGUGGGGGCUCCGGCCUGGCCAAGCCCCUCCUGUCCCUCCGGCACCCAAUGAGCCGCGGCCCUGGGCCCCCGCAGGGCUCGAGGAUGCCCGGCUGUACUUGCAUAUGGCCAUGGGGGGCGGGGGGCAUUCCUGGGAGUCCGGCACAGUGACGCCGAGCUUUUUAAACCUCUGCUCGGCUUCGCCUCCCCCCGCAGUCCCGACUCUCCGCAGGCCGCCGCCCGCGCGUCUUGACCCGGACUCAGAAGCGUGUCCGUCCGGAGGAGGAUCGCGUCUCGUGAGGUUCUCCUGGUUCUUCUGUUUCCCUCCUCCAAUUUUAUAUAUAACUCCAGGAGGACUAACGGACUCUGGAUCUGAUCUCUGAACCGGAGCGCACGUUUCCACUCAAACUUGAAGAGCGUAACUCCCGGCAGGCUGCGCGCCGCUCCCACUGCUCCUCUUCCUCUUCUGCGCCUCUUCUCUUCCCUCUCGCCUGUUGAAGGGCUUCAGGUGCAACAUGAUGAGCAACAGCGGCUACUUGGAGCCACAGUUCUUCCAGAGCUCCGCGGACCUCCGCGAUGAAGAGGAGGAGGAGGAGGAGGAGGAGAUGCCGGCCACCGAGAAGGACCUGGCCGAGGACGCGCCGUGGAAGAAGAUCCAGCAGAACACCUUCACCAGGUGGUGCAACGAGCACCUGAAGAUCGUCAACAAGCGGAUCAACGACCUGCAGAAGGACCUGAGCGACGGGCUGAAGCUCAUCGGGCUGCUUGAGGUGCUGAGUCAGAAGAAGAUGUACCGGAAGUAUCACUCCAGACCCAACUUCAGGCAGAUGAAGCUGGAGAACGUCUCCGUCGCUCUGGAGUUCCUGGAGAGGGAGCACAUCCGGCUGGUGUCCAUCGACUCCAAAGCCAUUGUGGAUGGGAACUUGAAGCUGAUCCUGGGUCUGAUCUGGACCCUGAUCCUGCACUACUCCAUCUCAAUGCCCAUGUGGGAGGACGAGGAUGAUGAGGACGCCAAGAAGCUGACCCCCAAGCAGCGUCUGCUGGGCUGGAUCCAGAACAAGGUGCCCCAGCUUCCCAUCACCAACUUCCACCGGGACUGGAGGGACGGCAAGGCACUCGGGGCACUGGUGGACAACUGUGCCCCCGGUCUGUGUCCUGACUGGGAAACAUGGGAUCCCAGUCAGCCGGUGGAGAAUGCCAGAGAGGCUAUGCAGCAGGCCGAUGACUGGCUCGGAGUUCCACAGGUCAUUGCUCCAGAGGAGAUUGUGGAUCCCAACGUGGACGAACACUCGGUGAUGACCUACCUGUCCCAGUUCCCCAAAUCUAAGCUGAAGCCUGGCGCACCGUUGAGGGCGAAGACGCUGCACCCAAAGAGGGCCAAGGCCUACGGACCGGGUCUGGAGCCUCAAGGGAACAUGGUCCUUAAACCCGCUGAGUUCCUGGUGGAGACGGUGGAGGCCGGACUGGGUGAGGUCCUGGUCUACGUGGAAGAUUCAGAGGGCCACACGGAGGAGGCCCGAGUGAUCCCCAACAAUGACCAGAACCGAAGCUACUCGGUGAUCUACCUGCCUAAGGUGGAGGGGCUUCAUAAAGUGAAGGUGCUGUUUGCCGGGCAGAACAUCGAGAGGAGCCCUUUCACCGUGAGUGUUUCCAAGGCCAUGGGCGACCCGAGUAGAGUUCAGGCCCGCGGGCCGGGCCUUCAGCAGGCGGGAAACGUGGCCAACAAACCCACCUACUUUGAUAUCUACACUGCAGGGGCCGGCACCGGAGACGUGGGCGUCGUGGUGGUGGACUCGAACGGCCGGAGGGACACGGUGGAGAUUGUGCUGGAAAACAAAGGGGACAGUAUUUUCCGUUGCACCUACGUACCUGUCCUGGAGGGACCUCACACUGUCUACGUGUCCUUCGCCAGGCACCAGAUUCCCAGAAGCCCUUUCACCGUCCACAUCUCAGAGGUUUCACAGAGUGCCCCCCCUCCCGGGUCUCUGGUGCAGAUUAUACCUCAGCCCUCAGAAAACACCAGAAGAGCCCCCCCUCCGACACCGCCCAAACCCAGGCGACCAACCUGCAACCCAAACGCCUGCCGGGCAACGGGCCGAGGUCUACAGCCGAAGGGCCUGAGGGUGAAGGAGUUUUCUGACUUCAAGGUCCACACCAAAGGAGCCGGCAGCGGAGAGCUCGGCGUCUCUGUGAAGGGACCAAGGGGCCUGGAGGAACCGGUGAAGUUUCUGGAGGUGGAGAACGGGACCUUUGAGUGCAACUAUUAUCCCAUCCUGACAGGGAAGUACGUAGUGAUCAUUACCUGGGGAGGACAUGCCAUCCCACGCAGCCCUUUUGAGGUCCAGGUAAGUGAGGAGGCGGGGUCUCAGAAAGUGAGGGCCUGGGGUCCAGGUCUGGAGACCGGUGUGGUGGGGAAGAGCGCCGACUUCGUUGUUGAGGCCAUUGGCACGGAGGUGGGGACGCUUGGUUUCUCCAUCGAGGGGCCGUCCCAGGCCAAGAUUGAGUGCGACGACAAAGGAGACGGAUCAUGUGACGUCCGCUACUGGCCAACCGAGGCGGGCGACUAUGCGGUGCACGUGAUCUGUGACGAUGAGGACAUCAAGGACAGCCCCUUCAUGGCCCGCGUUCUCCAGGCCGCCACUGACCUGUUCCCAGAGAAAGUGAGGUGCUACGGUCCAGGUCUGGAGCCGCUCGGCUGCAUCGUCAACAAACCCGUUGACUUCACCAUCGACGCCCGGGGAGCCGGCCGAGGGGAGCUGAAGCUCUACGCCCAGGAUGCAGAAGGAUUCCCCAUCAACGUCCAGAUCACAGAAAAGGGAGACAGCAGCUUCUUCUGCGUCUACGUUCCCACCAAACCCAUCAAGCACACCAUCAUCAUCACCUGGGGGGACAUCAACACACCAAGCAGCCCCUUCAGGGUGAUGGUGGGAGAAGGCAGCCACCCAGAAAAGGUAAAGGUUUACGGUCCGGGCGUGGAAAAGACAGGACUGAAGGCCAAUGAGCCCACGUACUUCACUGUGGACUGCGGCGAGGCUGGACAGGGUGACGUCAGCAUCGGCAUCAAGUGCGCUUCGGGCGUGGUGGGCCCGGUGGAGGCGGACAUUGACUUUGACAUCAUCAAGAAUGACAACGACACGUUCACAGUGAAGUACACGCCCCCAGGCCCCGGCAAGUACACCAUCAUGGUGCUGUUUGCCGAUCAGGAAAUCCCCAUCAGCCCUUUCAGAAUAAAAGUUGAUCCGUCCCACGAUGCCGCUAAAGUCAGAGCAGAAGGGCCUGGACUGCUCAGGACAGGAGUUGAAGUGGGGAAACCGACCCACUUCACCAUUUACACGAAGGGAGCCGGCAAAGCCAAACCCAAGGUUUGCUUCACCAGUGCGGCAAAGGGCGAAGCUGUCAGAGACUUUGAGAUCAUCGACAACCACGACUACUCGUACACCGUCCGCUACACUGCCGUGCAGCAGGGAAUCACCUCUGUCACCGUGUGUCAUGGGGGAGACCCCAUCCCCAAAAGCCCCUUCGACAUCAGCGUGGCCCCCCCGCUGGACCUCAGCAGGGUUAAGGUUCAGUGUCUGAACAAUAAGGUGGACGUUGGAAAGGAUGAGGAGUUCACUGUUGUCACCAGAGACGCCGGAGGUCAGGGAAGACUGGAGGUGAUGAUCACCUCCCCGUCCCAGCGGCCAAUCCCCUGUAAGCUGGAGCCGGGUCUGGCCGGCGAGGUGCACACCGUGCAGUACAUCCCCCCCGAGGAGGGGCAGUACAGAGUGGACAUCAGCUACGACGAGAAUCCGGUACCGGGGAGCCCGUUCAGCGUGGAGGGCAUCAUGCCACCGGACCCCUCCAAGGUCCAGGCCUACGGUCCAGGUCUUCAGGGCGGCAUCGUGGGUAAACUGGCCCCCUUUGCCAUCGACACCAAGGGAGCCGGAACCGGUGGUCUGGGCCUGACGGUAGAGGGGCCUUGCGAGGCCAAGAUCGAGUGUCAGGACAAUGGUGACGGAUCCUGCUCCGUGUCCUACCUGCCCACUGAGCCCGGCGAGUAUGCCAUCAACAUCCUGUUUGCUGACCGGCAUGUCCCCGGCUCGCCAUUCAAGGCCGCGGUCCAGUCGGCCUUUGACCCCAGCAAGGUGACGGCCAGCGGGCCGGGUCUGGAGCGGGGUAAGGUCUACGAGGACGGGUGCUUCACGGUGGAUUGCGCCAAAGCCGGGAGCGCGGAACUCACCGUGGAGAUAAUUUCGGACUCUGGAGUCGAGGCGGAGGUCCACGUCCAGAACAACGGCGACGGGACCUACUCCGUCACCUAUAUCCCGCAGGUCCACGGCAUGUACACCGUCACUGUCAAGUACGGAGGACUCACAGUGCACAAGUUCCCCUCUAGACUACAGGUGGACCCGGCCGUGGACACCAGCGGGGUGAAGGUCCACGGACCUGGAGUGGAACCCAGAGGUGUCCUGAGGGAAGUCACCACCCACUUCCUGGUGGAUGCCCGGGCGCACCACAAGAGUGGCGGCAGCCUGGUCAAAGCCACCAUCUUCAACCCGUCGGGCGUCAACACACAUGCCUACGUCACCGACAAGGGGGACGGGACGUACCGAGUGGAGUACACGCCGUACGAAGACGGUCCGCACCUAAUUGAGGUUUUGUUCGAUGAGGUCUCGGUGCCGAAGAGUCCGUUCAGGGUGUUGGUAACGGAGGGUUGUGACCCAAGUCGGGUCCGAGCCUAUGGUCAAGGUCUGGAAGAAGGUCUGGUUAACAAACCAAACCGUUUCACCGUAGAGACCAGAGGUGCUGGCACCGGAGGUCUCGGGCUGGCCAUUGAGGGUCCAUCUGAGGCGAAGAUGUCCUGUAAGGACAACAAAGAUGGAAGCUGCAGUGUGGAGUACAUCCCCUUCACCCCCGGAGACUACGACGUCAACAUCACUUUUGGAGGCAUUCCUAUCCCAGGAAGCGCAUUCCGGGUGCCAGUGCGAGAGCUGGUGGAUCCCAGUAAAGUGAAGUGCACGGGUCCUGGAUUGGGAAGUGGAGUCCGAGCCCACGUGCCUCAGACCUUCACGGUGGACUGCAGUAAGGCCGGGGAGGCCCCCCUGGAGGUCCAGCUGUACGGACCCACAGGUGUGACUGAGCCAAUCACCAUCACGGACAGCAGAGACGGAACUCACACUGUGACCUACACCCCCGCUGAGGACGGCCCGUACACGGUGUGUGUGAAGUACGCCGAGCAGGAGGUCCCUCGUAGUCCCUUUAAGAUCAAGACCUUACCGCCUCACGAUGCGAGUAAAGUCCGAGCCAGUGGUCCGGGUCUAAACACCUUGGGGGUCCCGGCCAGUCUACCAGUGGAGUUUACCAUCGACGCCAGAGAUGCCGGAGAGGGAUUGCUUACAGUCCAGAUACUGGAUCCGGAGGGAAAACCGAAGAAGGCAAAUAUCAGGGACAACUGGGAUGGGACGUAUACGGUGUCCUAUGUCCCUGACACCGCGGGACGCUACACUAUCACCAUCAAGUACGGUGGGGACGAGAUCCCCUACUCGCCCUACCGCAUCCACGCCGCGCCCACUGGCGACGCCAGCAAGUGCCUAGUCACAGUUUCGAUUGGGGGUCACGGACUGGGAUCAGUUAUGGGCCCGUCCAUCCAGAUCGGAGAGGAGACUGUCAUCACUGUGGACGCCAAGGCUGCUGGGAAAGGUAAAGUCACCUGCAAGGUGUCAACCCCGGACGGGUCGGAGCUGGACGUAAACGUGGUGGAGAACGCCGACGGAACCUUCGACAUCUACUACACGGCUCCAGAACCUGGGAAGUACGUCAUCACCAUCCGCUUCGGGGGGGAGAACAUCCCUAACAGCCCCUUUCACCUGGUGGCGACUGAUACCAUCCCAAUAAUAGAGGCGCCAUGUGAACAGCUUCAGUUACACCAGCCCAUCACUCCCUAUACGGGCUGCUCGCCUCCAUGGGCCACCGAUGAUCCCAUCAGCCCCGUGGACGUGAUGGAGCCAGUGCUCCGCCCCUUCAGUCUGGUCAUUCCCUUUACUGUGCAGAAAGGAGAGAUCACUGGUGAGGUGCGAAUGCCGUCCGGACGGAAUGCUUGUCCUCACAUCACCGACAACAAGGACGGCACCGUCACGGUGAACUUUUCCCCCAUGGAGCGUGGUCUUCACGAGAUGGACAUCAGAUACGAUGGGAACCACAUCCCAGGAAGUCCGCUGCAGUUUUAUGUGGACGCCAUUAACAGCGGUCAUGUCACAGCGUACGGCCCCGGUCUGAGUCACGGCACAGUGAACCGACCGGCCACCUUCACCAUUUUCACUAAAGACGCCGGGGAAGGGGGUCUGUCUCUGGCCGUGGAAGGUCCGUCCAAAGCCGAGAUCAGCUGCAAGGACAACAAGGACGGGACCUGUACCGUUUCGUACCUGCCCAGCGUAACCGGGGACUAUAACAUCAUAGUCAAGUUUGACGACAAGCACAUCCCGGGCAGCCCGUUCACCGCGAAGAUCACCGCAGUUGACGAAUCGGUGAGGACGUCUCAGCUCAAUGUUGGCACGUCGACGGACGUUUCCCUGAAGAUCACAGAGACUGACCUGAGCAGCUUGACGGCGAGCAUCAAGGCGCCAUCCGGAUACGAGGAGCCGUGUCUGCUUAAGAGGCUUCCCAACAGACACAUUGGCAUCUCGUUUACGCCGAAAGAAGUGGGCGAGCACGUGGUGGGCGUGAAGAAGAGCGGCCACCACGUGACCAACAGCCCCUUCAAGAUCAUGGUGGGCCAGUCGGAGAUUGGAGACGCCGGCAAAGUGAAGGUCCUCGGUCAGGGCCUCGUCCAGGGUCACAUCUUCGAGGUGGCCGAGUUCAUCGUGGACACCAGGCAAGCAGGUUAUGGAGGUCUGGGUUUGUCCAUUGAGGGUCCCAGUAAAGUCGACAUUAUCUGUGAGGAUGUGGAGGACGGCACCUGUAAGGUCACCUACUGCCCCACUGAACCAGGGAACUAUAUCAUCAACAUCAAGUUUGCCGACCAGCAUGUCCCAGGAAGUCCGUUCACGGUGAAAGUGUUCGGGGCGGGGCGGAUGAAGGAGAGCAUCACCAGGAGGCGUCAGGCUCCCUCCAUUGCCACGGUCGGCAGCACCUGCGACCUGAACCUUAAGAUACCAGGGAACUGGUUCCACAUGGUCUCGGCUCAGGAGCGUCUGACCCGCACCUUCACCCGCAGCAGCCACACUUACACCCGGACGGAGAGGACAGAGAUCAGCAAGACCCGAGCCGGGGAGACGAAAAGGGAGGUCCACGUGGAAGAGAGCACCCAGGUGGGCGAUCCCUUCAGAGAUGUGUUCGGGAACUUCCUGGGUCGGGACAGUCUGAGCGGCUUCACCGGCAGCAGACAGGCACCACCUCCUCCUCCAGCACCGCCACUACAGGACUGUGACUCAGGUAACCAGGAAAUGACGGCCCAGGUGACGAGUCCAGGAGGUCAGCAGGAGGAGGCGGAGAUCAUCAAAGGGGAAGACAGCACCUACAGCGUCCGCUUUGUCCCUCAGGAGAUGGGAGCUCACACGGUUAACGUUAAAUACCGAGGCCAACACGUUCCUGGGAGCCCCUUCCAGUUCACCGUGGGACCCCUGGGGGAGGGGGGGGCACACAAGGUCCGAGCAGGGGGAACUGGGCUGGACCGAGGAGUGGCCGGAAUCCUAGCGGAGUUCAGCAUCUGGACCCGAGAGGCCGGAGCAGGAGGUCUGUCCAUUGCGGUCGAGGGACCCAGUAAGGCCGAGAUCACCUUUGAUGAUCGCAAAGACGGAUCCUGUGGAGUCACCUACGUGGUUCAGGAGCCUGGCGACUACGAAGUUUCUAUCAAGUUCAAUGACGAUCACAUCCCAGACUCUCCGUUCCUCGUCCCCGUCGCAGCACUGUCCGACGACGCCCGCCGCCUCACCGUCAGCAGCCUGCAGGAGAUGGGUCUGACAGUGGGGCAGGAGGCCUCCUUUGCUGUGCAGCUUAAUGGAGCCAGAGGGCUGAUCGAUGCUAAGAUCCACACUCCGUCCGGUGCCACGGAGGAGUGCUACAUCACCGAGCUGGAAACCGACCAGCACGCCAUUAGGUUUGUCCCCAGAGAGAACGGAGUUCACUCCAUCGACGUCCGUUUCAAUGGCAGCCAUGUCCCCGGCAGUCCCUUCAAAAUUCGAGUGGGGGAGCCGGGACAGGCAGGAGACCCUGGCAUGGUGUUGGCCUUUGGACCGGGCCUAGAGGGGGGAACCACUGGAGGGACCUCGGAGUUCACUGUGAACACCUGUAGCGCCGGGUCCGGGGCUCUGUCCGUGACCAUCGACGGGCCCUCCAAGGUGAAGAUGGACUGUCAGGAGUCCACGGAGGGCUACAGGGUCUCCUACAUGCCCAUGGCUCCAGGGAACUACCUGAUCUCCAUCAAGUACGGGGGACCCCAGCACAUCGUCGGGAGUCCCUUCAAGGCCAAAGUGUCGGGACCUCGUCUCUCCGGCGGAGACAGCCUCCACGAGACAUCCUCUGUUCUUGUUGAAACGGUCUCCAAGACAACAGCGAUGGGGGGGGCCCUUGGCUCCCUACCCAAGUUCUCCUCAGACGCCAGGAAAGUGGUCUCCAGGGGUUCAGGUCUGUACAAGGCCUUUGUCGGCCAGAAGAACACGUUCACGGUGGACUGCAGCCGAGCAGGUGUCAACAUGCUGUUGGUGGGCGUCCACGGGCCAAAGACUCCCUGUGAGGAGGUCUACGUCAAACACAUGGGAAACAGAAUGUACAACGUGACCUACACCGUCAAAGAGCGGGGCAGCUACAUCCUUAUCGUCAAGUGGGGGGACGAGAACAUCCCUGGCAGUCCCUUCCACUUCACCGUCCCUUAGAACCAUAGAACAGUAGAUCCCGUGCUCUACAUCUCCAUCGUCUUUCUCCUCAUCUUCAAGACGCUCACGCUUUGGCGCUUACGUUGUUCUUUGUUCUCUUGAGACAUUUUAGCUAUUUUAGUAGCUGAAGUAGCUUCAGCUAUUGUUUCAUGCAGUUUGAGAUGUGAUGGAGGAGAAAACAUGUUGAACAUGAACACGACUCCUGGACCAGAGCUUGAAAAAUUGCUGGUAUCAAGAUGUUAGCAUGUUAGCGUGCUGAAAUCAAGGUAUUAGCAUGUUACCAUAAUGAAAUUGACAUGUUAACAUGCUAAUAUGAGGUAUUAGCACGUUAGCAUUAUACACUGCUCAUGACAUUCAGUAGAGAUGUUGUCAGAGUGAAAUGCUAAAAUAAUUGAUGCAUUUGGAUUUUUACUAAUCAGGUCCAGACUAAUAAGAGAUAAUCUUUCCAUCGCGAAGGAUUCCACAUUAAUGCUUGUGGUUUCAUAUUUCACGCUGGAAGAGUUUUUUGUCUUUUAUUUAUUGUCUCAUUUUAUUUUCUUUGACAGAAAAUGUUGUUGAUGAGGAAGCUGUCCGAAGAAGAGGACGGUGGAACAACGUUUUUGUAUGAUUUCAUUUGAACUGUUUGAUAUGUUAACCGCCCAGCUGGCAACAUGGUGCGGGCAUAAUAAAGGUCUUUUGGUUCAGCCA